UGGCCAGCCCGGGCCGCGGCUCCCAGACGGGCUCUCCGAGUCCCUCUCCGAGAGCCGGGCGGGCACGCGUCAUUGUGUUACCUGCGGCCGGCCCGUGAGCUGGGCUCGGUUUUUUUUUUUUUUCUCCCCUCCCUCUCUUCUUUUUAAGCAGCUGAUCUGAAAGGGAAUAAAAGGCUGCGCAUAAUCAUAAUAAUAAAAGAAGGGGAGCGCGAGAGAAGGAAAGAAAGCCGGGAGGUGGAAGAGGAGGGGGAGCGCCUCAAAGAAGCGAUCAGAAUAAUAAAAGGAGGCCGGGCCCUUUGCCUUCUGGAACGCGCCGCUCUUGAAAGGGCUUUUGAAAAGUGGUGUUGUUUUCCAGUCGUGCAUGCUCCAAUCGGCGGAGUAUAUUAGAGCCGGGACGCGGCGGCCGCAGGGGCAGCGGCGACGGCAGCACCGGCCGGAGCACCAGCGCGAGCGGCAGCGGCGGCGGCGUCCCGAGUGCCCGCGGCGCGCGGCGCAGCGAUGCGGUCCCCACGGACGCGCGGCCGGCCCGGGCGCCCCCUGAGCCUCCUGCUCGCCCUGCUCUGCGCCCUGAGAGCCAAGGUGUGCGGGGCCUCCGGCCAGUUCGAGUUGGAGAUCCUGUCUAUGCAGAACGUGAACGGGGAGCUGCAGAACGGGAACUGCUGCGGCGGCGUCCGCAACCCGGGGGACCGCAAGUGCUCCCACGACGAGUGUGACACGUACUUCAAAGUGUGCCUCAAGGAGUACCAGUCCCGCGUCACGGCCGGGGGGCCCUGCAGCUUCGGCUCGGGCUCCACUCCUGUCAUCGGGGGCAACACCUUCAAUCUCAAGGCCAGUCGUGGCAACGAACGCAACCGCAUCGUGCUGCCUUUCAGUUUCGCCUGGCCGAGAGGAAGAAGAGGAAAUGAGCGGUCACAUUUGAAAUCUAGUCCACAUUCCAGUGUCCACGUGGGGAGCUCUGUAGAGAGGUCCUACACUUUGCUUGUGGAAGCGUGGGAUUCCAGUAACGACACUCUCCAGCCUGACAGCAUUAUUGAGAAGGCUUCCCACUCGGGCAUGAUAAACCCCAGUAGGCAGUGGCAAACGCUGAAGCAGAACACAGGGGUUGCCCACUUUGAGUAUCAGAUCCGCGUCACCUGUGAUGACUAUUACUACGGCUUUGGCUGCAAUAAGUUCUGCCGACCCCGAGAUGACUUCUUUGGACACUAUGCCUGCGACCUGAAUGGCAACAAAACGUGCAUGGAGGGCUGGAUGGGCCCAGAGUGUAACAGAGCUAUUUGCCGACAGGGCUGUAGUCCCAAGCAUGGGUCUUGCAAACUCCCAGGUGACUGCAGGUGCCAGUACGGCUGGCAAGGCUUGUACUGUGACAAGUGCAUCCCGCACCCUGGGUGCGUCCAUGGCACCUGUAACGAGCCCUGGCAGUGCCUCUGUGAGACCAACUGGGGCGGCCAGCUCUGCGACAAAGAUCUCAACUACUGUGGGACCCGCCAGCCCUGUCUCAACGGGGGAACCUGCAGCAACACGGGUCCCGACAAGUAUCAGUGUUCGUGCCCUGAGGGCUAUUCAGGAUCCAACUGUGAAAUUGCGGAGCACGCCUGCCUGUCUGACCCCUGCCACAAUAGAGGCAGCUGCAGGGAGACCUCACUGGGGUUUGAGUGUGAGUGUUCUCCCGGCUGGACGGGCCCCACGUGUUCCACAAAUAUUGAUGACUGUUCUCCAAAUAACUGUUCCCACGGGGGCACCUGCCAGGACUUGGUUAAUGGAUUCAAGUGCGUGUGCCCACCCCAGUGGACUGGCAAAACGUGCCAGUUAGAUGCAAAUGAGUGCGAGGCCAAACCUUGUGUAAAUGCCAAAUCCUGUAAGAAUCUGAUUGCGAGCUACUACUGUGAUUGCCUCCCGGGUUGGACGGGUCAGAAUUGUGACAUAAAUAUUAAUGACUGCCUUGGCCAGUGUCAGAAUGAUGCCUCCUGUCGGGAUUUGGUUAAUGGUUAUCGCUGUAUCUGUCCACCUGGCUAUGCAGGCGAUCACUGUGAGAGGGACAUCGAUGAAUGCGCCAGCAACCCCUGUUUGAAUGGGGGUCACUGUCAGAAUGAAAUCAACAGAUUCCAGUGUCUGUGUCCCACUGGUUUCUCUGGAAACCUCUGUCAGCUGGACAUAGAUUAUUGCGAGCCCAAUCCCUGCCAGAAUGGCGCCCAGUGCUACAACCGUGCCAGUGACUAUUUCUGCAAGUGUCCCGAGGACUACGAGGGCAAGAACUGCUCCCACCUUAAAGACCACUGCCGCACGACCCCCUGUGAAGUGAUUGACAGCUGCACAGUGGCCAUGGCUUCCAACGACACGCCCGAGGGGGUGCGGUAUAUUUCCUCGAACGUCUGUGGUCCCCACGGGAAGUGCAAGAGUCAGUCGGGAGGCAAAUUCACCUGUGACUGUAACAAAGGCUUCACUGGAACGUACUGCCAUGAAAAUAUUAACGACUGUGAGAGCAACCCCUGUAAAAAUGGCGGCACCUGCAUCGAUGGGGUCAACUCCUACAAGUGCAUCUGUAGUGAUGGCUGGGAGGGGGCCUACUGCGAAACCAAUAUUAAUGACUGCAGCCAGAAUCCUUGCCACAACGGGGGCUCGUGUCGUGACCUUGUCAAUGACUUUUACUGUGACUGUAAAAAUGGGUGGAAAGGAAAGACCUGCCAUUCGCGUGACAGCCAGUGUGACGAAGCCACCUGCAACAACGGUGGCACCUGCUCUGACGAAGGGGACGCUUUCAAGUGCAUGUGUCCUGGAGGCUGGGAAGGGACGACCUGCAACAUAGCCCGAAACAGUAGCUGCCUGCCCAACCCUUGCCAUAACGGGGCCACCUGUGUGGUCAACGGGGACUCCUUCACAUGUGUCUGCAAAGAAGGCUGGGAAGGGCCCAUCUGUACUCAGAAUACCAAUGACUGCAGUCCUCAUCCCUGUUACAACAGUGGCACGUGCGUGGAUGGGGACAACUGGUACCGGUGUGAGUGUGCCCCCGGUUUUGCUGGACCUGAUUGCAGAAUAAACAUCAAUGAAUGCCAGUCCUCCCCGUGUGCCUUUGGGGCAACCUGUGUGGAUGAGAUUAAUGGCUACCGGUGCAUCUGUCCCCCAGGGCACAGUGGUGCCAAGUGCCAGGAAGUUUCAGGGAGACCCUGUAUCACUAUGGGGAGUGUGAUACCGGACGGGGCCAAGUGGGACGAUGACUGCAAUACCUGCCGGUGCUUGAACGGAAGGAUCGCCUGCUCCAAGGUAUGGUGUGGCCCUCGACCUUGCCUGCUCCACAAAGGGCACAGCGAGUGCCCCAGUGGGCAGAGUUGCAUCCCGAUCCUGGAUGACCAGUGCUUCGUCCGGCCCUGCACGGGUGUGGGCGAGUGUCGGUCUUCUGGUUUCCAGCCCGUGAAGACCAAGUGUACCUCUGACCCCUACUACCAGGAGAAUUGUGCCAACAUCACAUUCACCUUCAACAAGGAGAUGAUGUCACCGGGUCUCACCACGGAGCAUAUUUGCAGUGAAUUGAGGAAUUUGAAUAUUUUAAAGAAUGUUUCUGCCGAAUAUUCAAUCUACAUUGCUUGUGAGCCUUCCCCUUCUGCGAACAAUGAAAUACACGUGGCCAUCUCUGCCGAAGACAUACGGGAUGAUGGAAACCCUAUCAAGGAGAUCACCGACAAAAUCAUAGAUCUUGUUAGUAAACGUGAUGGGAAUAGCUCGCUUAUCGCUGCCGUGGCCGAAGUGCGAGUGCAGAGGCGGCCUAUGAAGAACAGAACGGAUUUCCUGGUUCCUCUGUUGAGCUCCGUCUUAACUGUGGCUUGGAUCUGUUGCCUGGUGACGGCCUUCUACUGGUGCGUGCGGAAGCGGCGGAAGCCCAGCAGCCACGCUCACUCGGCCUCCGAGGACAACACCACCAACAACGUGCGGGAGCAGCUGAACCAGAUCAAAAACCCCAUCGAGAAGCACGGGGCCAACACGGUCCCCAUCAAGGAUUACGAGAACAAAAACUCCAAAAUGUCAAAAAUCAGGACACACAACUCUGAGGUGGAGGAGGACGACAUGGACAAGCACCAGCAGAAAGCCCGGUUUGCCAAACAGCCGGCGUACACGCUGGUAGACCGAGAGGAGAAGCCCCCCAACGGCACGCCAGCCAAACACCCAAACUGGACAAACAAACAGGACAACAGAGACCUGGAAAGUGCCCAGAGCUUAAACCGGAUGGAGUACAUCGUAUAGCAGACAGUGGGUGCUGCCGCCGCUAGGUAGAGUCUGAGGGUGCUGGGGGCUUGUAGUUCUUCAGCUGUUGUGUCCUAGUCCAGGCUGAGGCUGUCGUUGACUUAGAACCCUGUGUUAAUUUAAGUUCUGACAAGCUGGCUUACACUGGCAAUGGUAGUUUCUGUGGUUGGCUGGGAAAUCAAAUGCUGCAUCUCACAGCUAUGCAAAAAACCAGUCCAAAGUGCCCCGGCACACGGCCCCCCACAGCCGCCAGCUCUGGGACCAGGCUCCCCGGAGGUCGCCCGGCCCCUGGGCCUUGAGCUCCCAACUUCUGCCAGAUGUCCCGAUGGUGAUGCAGUCUUAGGAUCAUAGUUUUUAUUUAUAUUUAUUGACUCUUGAGUUGUUUGUGUAUAUUGGUUUUAUGAUGACGUACAAGUAGUUCUGUAUUUGAAAGUGCCUUUGCAGCUCAGAACCACAGCAACUAUCACAAAUGAGUUUAUUAUUUAUUUUUUUUAUUGUAUUUUGUUGUUGGGGGAGGGGGGACUUUGAUGUCAGCAGUUGCUGGUAAAAUGAAGAAUUUAAAGAGGAAAAAUGUGUCAAAGGUAGAAUUUUGUAUAGUUAUGUAAAUAAUUCUUUUUUAUUAAUCACUGUGUAUAUUUGAUUUAUUAACUUAAUAAUCAAGAGCCUUAAAACAUCAUUCCUUUUUAUUUAUAUGUACGUCUUUAGAGUUGAAGGUUUUUGAUAGCAUUGUAAGUGUAUGGCUUUUUUUUUUUUUGAACUUAUUUUCUUACUACGUGUUGCCUAUAAGCCAAAAUUAAGGUGUUUGAAAAUAGUUUAAAACAAUAGGAUGGGCUUCAGUGCCUGGAAUACUGGUGGAAUUUUUUUUUUUUUUUUUUUGUACGACGUCAGAUGUUUAAAACACCUUCUAUAGCAUCACUUUAAAACACGUUUUAAGGACUGACUGAGGCAGUUUGAAAAUUAGUCUAGAACAGCAGGUUCUUUUUUUUUUUUUUUUUUUGUCUGCUUUAGACUUGAAAAGAGACAGGCAGGUGAUCGGCUACACAGCAGUUUAAGGGAACAAGUUUGAGCUUCGACUUUACGUAGCCAAAAUGUGAGUGGUUGAAUAUCAUUAAAAAUAUUGAAUUGGUGUGCUUCCAACUUCACACAAUCUUAUUUUGUAAAUUCUGAUUUCUUUUCACCAUUCGUAUGUAAUACUGAACCACUUGUAGAUUUGAUUUUUUUGUUGUCUACUGCAUUUAGGGAGUAUUCUUAUAAGCUAGUUGAAUACUUGAACCUUAAAAUGUCCAGUAAGAUCACUGUUUAGAUUUGCCAUAGAGUACACUGCCUGCCUUAAAUGAGGAAAUCAAAACGCUAUUACAAAGUUGAAGAUCAAAAAGGCUUAUAAAACAGUUAAUUUCGUUGGUUCACCAUUGAGACCGUGAAGAUACUUUGUAUUGUCCUAUUAGUGUUAUGAACAUAAAAAUGCAUCUUUGAUGUGUUGUUCCUGGCAAUAAAUUUUGAAAAGUACUAUUUAUUAAAUUUUUUGUAUGAAA